AUGCAGUACGAGGCAGAUUUCCGAUUUGACAUGGAUGACAGCUUCAACCUGUGCAGCCAGCCCAUGUCCUGCCCCUCGACCACAACAAGCUUCUCUUCAGCUUCAUCGGCUUACGACCCUUUCACUCCUACAUCACGACGUUCAACCCCUCAUGAAUUUGGCAACAUGGACUUUGACAGCCCUUACAACUCAGUCUCUCAUCGAGCUGAGCUGACUCCUCCUUCCUCAGCAAUGGGCAAAUACAUGCCUGGCCCCAUCAAGUCUGAGCCCGAGCACAUGUCGUUCUCUGACACUCUCCCCAACACACCUAUGAAGCGAGAGGGGCUUGGCUUCGAAUAUGACCACAUGAUGGACAUGAAUAUGGCUCAUCAUGGCUCGAUGGGAUCUGUAACACCAUCAAACUCCUUUGGCAUGUACUAUUCCCCGGAUGCCUCUUUCAUGAUGACACCAACCCAAAGCAUCUCAGGAUCUGAGGCUGCAGAGACUAGCUCAUCAUGGUCUUGUGCCAACGAUAGCCCAAUCUCCUUUUUCACCAACCGACAGCUUUUCAACGGCCCUGACUCGUUUGAUCUUGACCGACACUCGCAGUCUCCCCUGGGAUACCCCCUUCAUGAGAUCAACUCUCCGAACUGCAUGAAAUCUCAGAGAUCGAUGAUUGUGCACGAGAUUCAGCAAAAGACCAACGAGCUACAGCGAGCUCAGAUACGAUCAUCAAAGAAGCGAUCCAUCAAGCCUGACUCUUCGCAAGUUGACGUGGUUCGAAGAGCCAUGUGUAAGUGCGAUUACCCUGGCUGCCACAAGGCUUUCCGACGAAACGAGCACCUGAAGCGUCACAAGCAAACCUUUCACGGUGAAGGACCUAAUCGUUUCUCGUGCGAGUUCUGCGGGAAGGACCAGUUCAACCGCCAAGACAACCUUAACAACCACCGCAAGUUGCACGCACGACCUAACAGCCGUAACCGCGGCGUGGAGUUUAUCCCUGCUGCAGUCCCAGUGAUCGAGCAAGAGGAGCGAAGCAGGAAGCGACGAGCACCAUCAAAAUCUAAGACUGGUGAAAAGCGGAGCUCAGACUACUGA